AAAGCAGAUCAUAAAAUUUACGCAACACUACUAUAAGAACUUUCUCUUUAUAGAUUAUCAUUAGAUGCAGUUUUUUGUAUCCUUAAUAUUUUGAACAAACAAGGAGCAUAGUAGUACAGUUUGGUGUCUUCUCAAUAGUAUGAAAUUGUGCUAGUAGCAUCUUCGAUAUCGUCCAAAACACGGGAAAUAUAAAAUUGUGAUUCUUUUUACCAUGAGAAGCCCCACUGCAUUAGGGCAUCUACUUCAAUUUGUGUCCGUCUGUUUUUGUAAUAAUCUUAUCAAAACUCUAAAAGGUCAUAUAUGAGAAUGGUCAGCUUUUCUUUUCUUUUCCUACUAUAAAUACCUCCUCACAGUUUCUCCAUUCUUCACACACCUAGCAUAAUACAUUAAUAAAAAAACUCAUCAAAAGAAUUGUUUAACUUCUCCCCACUCUUAAAUUGUUGAGUUCUUUGUUUGCAUUUUCAUACGUACCAUGGAUUACAGAUCAUCUAUGGAGUCAUCGGAAACCCUAAGGAACAAGUGCGCAGCUUGUUAUAGGCAAUUCAACAAAAUGGAACAUUUGGUGGAACACAUGAAGAUCUCUUAUCACUCCGGUCAUGAGCCUACUUGUGGGGUUUGCAAGAAACAUUGCCGAUCUUUUGAGUCACUCCGCGAACAUCUCAUAGGACCAUUGCCAAAACAAGAAUGCAAGAACAUUUUUAGCCUUCGCGGAUGCAGAUUCUGCAUGAUGAUCCUCGAAAGCCCUAACGCUCGUAGGAUUCAUCAAGAGAGAUGCCAAUUUUCGAGCGUCAAUGCUGGAUUGACGACUCGUAUGGCAGCGUUAGGCCUUAGAGAUAAAGCCAUGAUCGACUACACGUCAUCACGGUCUCCAAAAAUGGUUGCACUCUCUUGCAAGAUGGUAGGAGGAGGAAGCGACGGGUCGUUGGAUCUAUGCGCAAGGGUUUGCAUAACGGAUGAGAACGACAACGUUGUGUUCCACACGUACGUGAAACCGUCAAUGGUCGUGACGAACUAUAGGUACGAGACGACCGGUAUACGUCCAGAGAAUCUGAGGGACGCAAUGCCGUUGAAACAUGCACAAAGAAAGAUUCAAGAAUUUCUUUGUAAUGGAGAACCCAUGUGGAAGAUUCGUCCAAGAGGUGGGAAAGGGAGGAUUCUCGUGGGACAUGGGCUGGAUCACGAUCUUGACCGCCUUCAACUUGAAUAUCCUUCUUCCAUGAUGAGGGAUACUGCAAAAUAUCCUCCGUUGAUGAAAACAAGCAAGCUGAGCAAUUCUCUCAAGUACUUAACCCAAGCCUAUCUCGGGUAUGAUAUUCAUGUUGGGAUACAAGACCCAUACGAAGAUUGUGUAGCGACGAUGAGGCUUUACACGAGAAUGAGAUAUCAGAAACAUAAGAUUGAAGCAUAUCCUUUACCAGCCGACGUGCAGAACCGUAGCAAUCAAGUGGCUUGGAGGCAGAGCGAGGUCGAAAGGAUGUCUCCUAAUGAAAUGCUCUCCAUCUCUCGCUCCGACUACUAUUGCUGGUGCUUGGACUCCCUCGCUUAAUUCCAAAAACUAUGGGGUUAAAAUUUGAGAAUCUCUCAUAAUUACUUCAUAAACUUUUUCGAGAUUUUUAAUUUAGUAGCGUAAAGUCGAAUAAGCAUUACUUCUGAUUUCAAAUAGUAUCUAAAUUAAUUUUAUAGUAUGUGUCGUGUGAGAUGCGAAUGUUGUUCCUGUACUUCUAAUAACGCAUAUUGCUCUUAAUUAUUAAUAAUUAUUGUUUUUUAAAAAUUAAUUAGUAAUCACUUGUUAGCUUUUGUGUAUAAAUAUAUCUAUAUUUGUCUUAGAAUUUUAAUACAUAUGAAAAAUAAUGGAAAAUUUCUAUUUUUUAACAAAUU